CAAACCUUGACGACGUUCACAAUGCCUCCAGUCGACCCAACAGCUCACGUUAUGGACUACCCGGCGCUCGACCUGGGUCACAAGAAUGCGUCGCGCACGACGCUCGGACUCGUAGACCUCGACGUUCACAUUUGGGGCCUCGAGGAGAUUGUUGGGAGCACAUUGCCGAUCGGUGUGGUGAUCGCCUCGCACGGCCGCUGCAACAAGGCGCGCGACAUGGAGCCAUUCGCACGCGGUAUGCUCGGCGAAGUACGCCGGCUGGCGGCUGAGAGCGGGCGGCGGCGGACGCGCGACCUUCUGGUGAUCACCCUCGAUCACCGUAAUCACGGACAGCGGCUCAAGCACAAGAACACUAACCUCGCGUACGACAAGAACCCGCAUCACUUUGUGGACAUGGCAGCGUUGGUAUACGGCGCAUGCCAGGACCACGACUUUAUCAUGCGUUUCCUUGAGCCAUACCUCUGGCCCAACGGCGAGCGCCAAAUCGUCGAGUGGAUGGCAACGGGUAUUUCGCUCGGCGGCAACAGUGUGUGGCGCAUGCUUCGUGAGGACCCCCGCAUUCGCAUCGCUGCCCCCAUCAUAGGCCUCCCCUUCGAGGCGUUCGGGACCUACCUUGGCGCCCGCGCAGUACAGGGCGGCCUCUCGUGGGGCCCACCCACAUACCCGACCUCGCUGGUGCCGCUCGUCACUGCCCCUGCCCCGCCCAACGCAUACAAGGGCAAGAAGAUCUUGUCGAUCCACGGCGCCGUCGAUGAGCUCGUGCCCUACCGCCACGGCCAGGCCAAAAUCGCCGAAGUACAGUCUGCGGCACCAGCUGGCGAAGUGGAAGUGUACGUGCAGGAGGGCAGGGGGCACGUUUGCACGCCUGAGAUGCUGCAGCGCGCGAGCGAGUGGUUCUGGCGCUGGGGACUGAGCGUGUGAGCGGGCCGAAUUUUAUGUAACAUGUGCGAGUCGGUGUGUGUACAGGCCUCAGGGCGCUGAGGGCGCAAGGAUCUGCGUUCUGGAUGAGGUGUGGCGAUGCCACUUCAUUAUCCUUCUCACACCCGUUCAGUUGAGACCUGUGAUGAGCUUCCGGAG